AUGUCUAACUCUACUUCCAGCAACAAAAAGUCCGCCCAGCAACUUCUUGAAGAGAGACAGGCGGAAAUGGUGGCCAAAAUCACCUGGCUUGAGGCGGAUGCUCGGAGAGAGGUGGAGGAAGAAGAACUUAAGUGCAAAGAGGCAGAGACCAGGAAUGGAUUACCUGAAGAUGUUUUUGCAGCACCAUCAAAGACAAUAUGCGCAAAAGCCAGUUAUCCCCCAACUACAUAUUUUACCGCAGAAUUAGAGCAAACGACAACUGAGGAAACAGGAGAUUGUUUUUCAUAUGAAUCCAUUAGCGAAGGGGAAGCUGUGCCUGAGGAAGCGAAAGAGAGGAAAUCCAAGAAAGUGGUCCUGACUAUACCUGCUACAUGGAAGAAUACUUACUCUUUGUAUGAAUCCGUCAGUGAAGAUGAAACUGUGGAAGUUGCGCCUGGUGAUGCGAAGAAGUCCAAAAGUAAGAAAAAGGCGGAAUCAAAGUUGAAGGAAAAGGCUGGGGACAAGCCGGUGUAA